UAUCUCAAGGCUCAGGGACCAUUGUGGACAAGGGGCUGGAAAGACUGUCAGAGCCAGAGCUGGAGGAUGACUGCAUGGAAACAGAAUUUUCCAAACAAUUGUGUGUCUCAAGAUACCGAUAUGACAAAUUGGUGCUAAAGAAGGAAGGACCACAGGAACGCUCCUGGACCUUGACCCCACAAUAUAUAUACACUGGAAAGUACCAGGCCCUGUUCUCUGUGGGCCCUGUGUUCACCAGCCAGAGGUGGAGGCUCAGGUGCUUUGGCUAUUACAUGAGGAACCCACACAUGUGGUCAAAACCCAGUGACCCCCUGGAGCUGGUGUUCUCAGGGACCACCCGAAAACCCACCAUCUGGGCUGAGCCAGGUUCUGUGGUCACCUCAGAGACUCCUGUGACCAUUUGGUGUCAGGGGACCCUGGAUGCCCAAAAAUAUAUUCUUCAUAAAGAGGGAGACCCAGCACCUUGGAAAAUACAGACCCCACUGGAACCAAGGAACAAGGCCGAGUUCUCCAUUCAGUCCAUGGCAGAGCAACAUGCAGGGCGAUAUUGUUGUUACUAUGACAGUCCUGCUGGCUGGUCUCAGGGCAGUGACACCCUGGAGCUGGUGGUAACAGCCAUCUACAACAGUAAACCCAUCAUGUCAGCCCUGCCCAGCCCUGUGGUGACCUCAGGAAUGAAUGUGACCCUCCAGUGUGUUUCACAACAUGGAUAUGACAGGUUCAUUCUGACCAACAAAGGAGAACAGAAGCUCUACAGGACCCUGGACUCACAACACUUAUCAACGGGUCAGUUUCAGGCUCUGUUCCCUGUGGGCCCUGUGACCCCAAACAGCAGGAGAACCUUCAGAUGUUAUGGCUGUUACAAGAGAAAGCCACAAGUGUGGUCAGAACCCAGCGAUCCCCUGGAAAUACACAUCUCAGGUCAGGAAGCUUCAUCAUUCCUGGAAUCAUUUUUGAGACCCCCCCACAAAGACCUUUGUUAUGAAUCUCACUACUCUCCAGGAAUCCCAUGGCUGUCCAAGAAGGCCUUGCCACUGACCCAUCCAGAACCUCUCCCAGACCACAGAGAAAUUCUGAUUUUCCAUUGUUGCCCAGUCAUCAGCCACAGCAGAUUUGCCCUGGUCAAAGAGGAGGAAACUGGCUUCUCCCAGAAUCUUUUGACUGGUCUCCUUUAG